GUCUCAGUCUUCCUACUCUUCAGUGGCUUUGUGAUCUAUCCAUCCAACAUUCCAACUUACUGGAAGUGGCUCACUUACAUGAACCCUAUUCAUUGGGCUAACGUCUCAUUUUGCAGGAUCCAAUUUUAUAAGGGUUACACAGACCCUUGUUCCAAAUACCUUGGCCAACUUCCUUUUUGUGACAACUUCCCAUCAAUGACAGUUGGAAAAGCCUACCUAGUUUUCUAUGAGCUUUCUCAAGAUGCUAAGAUAUCAUGGCUACCUUAUGCCAUUAUCCUAGGGUGGACAGUAAUUGUCAACUUGUUAAUAUUACUGGGGCUAAAGAAGUUAGAGUUCAUGGGGAUGAGUCAAUCGCUGCCCCAUCUCAAAAAGACCUCUAUAAUUAGAAAUUAUAAGGAAGAUAAAGACUCUGAAUUUCAGUCAUACAAUAGCAACAAUGAACAUUCUAAUAAUUUUGGUGCUUCUCCACAUCUUGAGAAACCAUAUUUAAGUUCAUACAAUGACAGAAUAAAAGACAAUGGAGGUGUCGAGAAAUGGAUUGACGAGUUCCGAAUUGACCUAGAAAGGCACGGUUUAGACAUUCCGUUGAAGCAAGUAACUCUACUAUUCGAGGAUUUAUCAUUCACAAGGUAUGACAGGGAAACUAAAGAAAGCACACCAGUUUUCAACAGCAUAACUGGCUAUGCAAGACCCAAGACCAUGCUAGCCUUAUUAGGUGGUAAUAAAACAAGCAAAGUCACACUCCUAAAAUGCCUGGCUGGAAGAGUACCUGUAAGUGGAAGUCUCAACGGCAACCUCCAGGCUAAUGGUUUGGGGACAGGCGCUACUUUUUCCAAACUAAUAGGCUAUGUUGAAAAGCUUGAUGCCCACCAACCUUACCUCUCUGUCCGGGAAUCCCUUCAAUUCAGUGCUGCACUACGUCUUAGCCAAGAGAUUAGCCCCAAAAGCCGCCGCAUUCAUGUUGAGUUGGUCCUCAACCAACUUGGUCUACUGCCCUACUCCAAUGAACUCGUAGGUUCUCUUUGUGAUGCCACUGGAAAAAUGUUUGAAAUAGCCAAAAAGAUAACCAUUGCAGUUGAGCUGGCUGCUAACCCAAGUAUUCUCCUUCUUGAAGAACCAAUCUCUGGCCUUAAUACUACAGGAACUUUGACAAUCCUCAAUAUUCUCUCUCAAGUGUCAAAUUCAGGUCGCAUCAUUGUUGCCACUCUAACACACCCUAGUGCACGCACACUCUCAUUCUUUGACCUGGCUCUCAUUCUAACACGGGAAGGGCAUCAAGCAUAUUUCGGUCCAGUGGGAUCUAACUGCAACAACUUGCUAGAUUAUUUCAAAUCAAUCCUGAAUGCUCCUCAUUAUUCCAGAAGAGAGAGCCCAGUUAGAUUUAUUAUGGGGGCUCUUGGCCUAGGAAUAAAAACGAGCAUCAUUCCUCUCCUAAAUUUUUCAGAAAUCUACCAGGCCAACUCUUUGCAAAAGAUUAAUAAUGAAGAGAUUUGCAGCAUAAAGAAGAUGAACAAGAAGAGAAGAAGAAAUUAUUUAUCUUCUACUUACCCAGCUCCAUAUUCAAGGCAAGCCAUUUUGGUACUUCUAAGAACACAACGAUUCUUAUGGAGGAAUGUGCAAUAUACAUACGGUAGGCUUACAGGGUGCGUGAUGAUUGCUCUCCUGAUGGGCUCCCUCUAUUUUCAGAUCGAAUACAAUGACAUAUAUGGUGCUACCUCACAUACACUAUACAUAUACAUGCAACUUAUUCUCAUAGGAGUGAUCUCCGCAAACAACGUCGUACCCCAGAUUGGUACAGACAGGCUGGUCUACUUCAGAGAAAAAAGGGCUGGAAUGUAUCUGCCAAUAUUUUAUCCGCUAUCAUGGGCAGUGGGUGAGAUUCCUUACCUUUUGAUAGCAACACUUGCAUUUCUAGGAAUUGGGAAUGGCAUGGCAGGUAUUGGGACGCAAUCCCCUUCAGAGUUCAUGGCGUACUGGACGGUGCUCUUCCUGUUUACACUAUGCCUAACUUAUUUUGGAAUGAUGAUCACUUUCCUAGCACCAAUGCCAACACUAGCUGCAUUUGCUGUGUCAAUUUUGACAUCAUUUUGGGUUUCAGCUUCUGGUGUAGUGGUAGUGCUAUCUGACAUUAAGAUCUACAGAUGGAUGUACUGGAGUAACCCAUUCCAGUAUGCAAUGAAUGCAAUGACCUCAAUUAGUUUCUACUGUAAUACAAAAGGGUGUGGAUCAGAGUGCAGGUGCCCGCGAUUGCCAGAUGAUUCUUAUGUCUGGGAUAGGUUGGCUACUUUGAGAAACCUGAGCCAUGAGAGUAUAGAUAGAGACAUACUCAUUUUGUCCACAAUGUGCAUGCUGUUUGCCAGCCUCGCCUUUGUCUUCUUUGUCGUGAUGAAGCAUAACUCGCCCCCACACUUAUAGAGUGAUCAUACACAUCAUAUUCAUAUGGACCUCAAGAAGCAAAGAUGGGAAGUGUUUGAGCAAGGCAAAACAAGCAAACAGUGCAAAUAAAGCAUCUAUAGAGUAAAAGUGCACAACAGUUAACCAAAAGAAAGCCUUGAAUCCAAA